AUGUCUUUCCUUGAUGAGUUUCAAGCAAAUUUGGAAGCAUUGCCGAGUAUUUUGCAAAGAAAGUACUCAUUAUUGAGGGAUUUAGACAAAAGUCUACAAGAAAUCCAACGUCAAAAUGAUCAACGGUGUGAACAAGAAAUAGAUGAUAUGAAGCGGGGUAUUAAGACUGGUAACAUUACCCCGAAUUCUUCACUUCUCAAAUUCUCAGAUGAAGCUCUGGAGGAGCAAAAACAUGUCAUCGGGAUAGCAGAUGAGAAAGUUGCAUUGGCUGCUCAGGCUUAUGAUUUGGUUGAUACUCACAUCCAGCAUCUUUAUCAAUAUGUGAAGAAAAUUGAUGAAGAUCCUAGGUGUGAAAGAGACAAUGUUGCUGCAACCACAUCUCCUGUUUUAGCACUUGAGUAUAAUGCGAAAGCUGGAAGGUCCGGUGACAGCAGUGGCAGAGGACGUAAAAAGACACGCCUUGCAAAAGUAACAGCUGCUGCUGCAGAAGCCUCAACAAAUCCAACCAGUAUGGAGUUAGAUCUACCCGUCGAUCCGAAUGAACCAACCUAUUUUUUCUGCAAUCAUGUGAGCUAUGGAGAAAUGGUUGCAUGUGAUAAUCCCGAUUGCAAGAUAGAGUGGUUCCACUAUGCUUGUUUUACCCUCUCGACAGGAAAGGAAGAGUCUAGUUCAAUGACCGUUUAUCAUUUGUGCAAUGUGGUAACUAGGCAAUGGGUUGCUCUCCCUCCGAUUCCCAUGGAUUCAGAGGCUGCAUCCGUUGGCUUUUUAUGUGAUCCCGUGCCUUGUUAUGUGUGCAAUCAGGGGCAAUUUCAGUUAAAGCAUGCAACGUUUUGUUUGAGCUGCGGAAACGAGUGUGGUGCUAUCCUUUACAUGUCCCCGGAAGAUGAUAUUUCCAUUGGAGACGUUGCUCUCGGUUUUUAA